UGUGGGCGGGUCCUCUCCUGCUGUCACUCAUUCUCUGGUCCAAUGCAAAUCGGUCUAUGUGUUUUGUCCCGCCCCCUUCCACGUCGACCUGCACUCUCGCCAUAUUUUCAAGCCCGUGAAUCCCGGUGUGUUGUGCCUCCAAGUUGAGCAGAAGAAUCCUUCACACCAGGCAGGAUCAAGCGUGACCCGUUUCAAAGUCCACGUUAGCUUCUCAGCUGUGUCUCUGUUAUUUUUCUUUUCGCAGCUAUGAACAUCUUCAGGCUCACAGGAGAUCUUUCUCAUCUGGCUGCUAUCAUCAUCCUGCUACUCAAAAUAUGGAAAAGCAGGUCGUGUGCAGGCAUCUCUGGAAAGAGCCAAAUUCUGUUUGCUCUUGUGUUCACCACACGUUACUUGGAUCUGUUCACCUCUUUCAUCUCCCUGUAUAACACAUGCAUGAAGCUGAUCUACAUCGGUUGCGCAUAUGCCACCGUAUACCUAAUCUACGCAAAGUUCAGGGCCACCUACGAUGGAAACCACGACAGUUUCAGAGUGGAGUUCCUGGUGGUUCCUGUCGGGGGUCUUUCUGUUCUCAUUAACCAUGACUUCUCUCCCCUGGAGAUCCUGUGGACGUUCUCCAUCUACCUGGAGUCGGUGGCAAUUCUGCCUCAGCUCUUCAUGAUCAGCAAGACCGGGGAGGCUGAGACGAUCACCACCCACUACCUGUUCUGCCUGGGGCUGUAUCGGGCCCUUUACCUCUUCAACUGGAUCUGGCGUUUCUACUUUGAGGGCUUCUUUGACAUGAUUGCCAUAGUGGCUGGUGUGGUCCAGACUGUCCUCUACUGUGACUUCUUCUAUCUUUAUGUCACCAAAGUGUUGAAAGGCAAGAAGCUGAGCCUGCCAGCGUAAAAAAGCAUGGAAGGAGACAGCGACUCCGAGCAGACUCAGGAGGUGUGGAGAGGAAGUCAUGGAUUCUCAUGACCUGUAGUAAAAGACGCCUGAGACAGAGAGCCAACUAUCGGGGGG